UGAAAACUCUAGGUCGCCUUAUAAGCCCUUAAGGAGGUUUCAAAAAUGACUGUAAACAAAAAGUAAAGUAUGUUAUCAAAUAAUUAUCAAUUGACAAAAACAAAUGAUAAAUCAAUAGAUACGGGUGGCUCCCCUCUCCAGUAACCUUUGGUAUAACUGUAAAAAAUAUAUUAAAGGGGUAGCAACCAUUUUAGGUGAAGACAUAGCCAAGGUUUCAGCCAAGAGUAAGCUUUAAGAGCCACAUUUCGUAUACGUAAUCUGUUUUGGAGUGCAGAAAGCGCUUCAAUUGGCCCUAUUUAACAUAUGCGUAAAGUGCUUUCCCCUAACUCAAGACCAACUACUUUCAACACCCUUUGCCCGUGUGUGUGUGUGUGUGUGUUCACAUGCAUUCACAUACUAUCCGUAUACCAUAUUUAAAGCGACGUGCCGAGCCCCAAGCUGUUGGGAAAACAAGCGAGUGGGUGGAAGGAAAACAGCUUUCUGGCACACUUCAAGGCACAUUACACCACUUUCGAGGCGUUGGGUGGUUGGAGAUGAAGAACUAGAGAAGUUUUAGAAUGGGAGGACCAAAGAAGCAAAGAACCAAAGAACCAAAGAACUAAAGAGCCAAAAGGAGAGUGGCCCGAGUGGCACGUACCUGGGUAAUGCUGCAUCUUUAAAAAGCCGCCCUGGCGUAUCUGGGAUCCCCGAAAAACUCCUCCGGAUGGGGCAAACUACAACUAAUCCCUGCUAACAGUUCCCAGACUCAUCCACAUCCCCCACAUCCACAUCCACAUCCUUCCUGCCUUUCCCCGUUGACUAUUUUCCCGUGCCACUUUUGGCCGAAAGCCGGUGGAGUGGAUUUUGGCACCAUUGGCACUGGUAACCUGCAUAUUUAAUGACAAUCCCCGACAACCGGGGACGUGUUCGAGUGCCAAGAGAGCCGGCGAGUGGGCGUGGCCCCGCCCACUUGGCACUCUGACAACCUGGGAGACAAAGGCCGGGGACCCCGGAUAUAUAUACACCAGAGAUAUAUACGAGAUACUGGGUAGGUCUGCCAAAUGUGCGGAGCAGCUUCGAAGUAAUUACUAUCUUAUCGAACGGCGCGUCGCGGGUGGCCUAUAAAAAGUAGAGGAAUGGCCGGCAAUCGGCAAUCGGGCAAAGAGCUAAGUGCCAGCAACAUGUCCGGAAUUCCGCCAGCCACCUUCACGGUAAUCGCCGGUUCAGCGGCCAACAAUCAGCGACGCAAGAACCAGAAUCAGCAGGCGAAGAAUUCGAAUUCGAGCAAGGGCCAAACACAGACGACGGGGUCGAAGACAAAUGCUUGCCGCAUUGCUUAGAUACAGUAACUAUCUUAUCUGUCCAAGGAUUUAGCGCAUGAAAAUACAUUUCCCAUGACAUAAACACCGAGUAUAAAUGGGCCGAGCGAAGCGUUUUGGGUUUCAGUUAAUGGGCACAGGCAAAACGAGACGGGAAAAUAAACGAUCGACAAAAUGAAAACGACCAUUGUUGAGGAGCGAAGUGUUAACGAAACGAUAGAAACGAUUGCCACGAGUAGUGGCUCCAUCCAGGAGACCAUCGAGAUAGUGGAUAUCGAAGGAUCCGGAGAACCAAAGCACCGACAUCAUCAUCACCACAGGCACCAUCAUCACCAUCAGGAAAGACAGGAGAAUGUCGAAGUUGUGGAGGAAGUGAUUCUCGUGGAGAACCAAGAACCGAAGCCUAGGAAGCACCACCACCACCACCACCGCCAGCAGAAGUCUUCACCACCACCGCCGCUGCCGCAGACUUUACCACCUUUUCUCACACCCACCGAGGAAGUGGGUUUCAAUGUGGUUUGGGAACCUCAGGCAGUCUGGAACCAGACAUCUUCAAAUCCCUCCAUAGAUUUGGAUCUCUCAGCGGAGAAGGAUGUCGUGGAUACAGAGGAGAUUCUGGGCACAACCUCCGCUUCGGAUGAAUUCACCACUGUGGUUUGGCAAACGGAGACAAAGGAAACCAUCAGGGAGAGCAAAAAGCACACUCGAGUUGUGGAGGAGGAAAUAGUGAUUGAGCAACUGGAUCCUCCGCCUUAUGCUCCUCCUCAACUCCAAGUGCAAACAGGAUUCUUUCCAGCGGCUCAGCAGCCACCACUUUCUCCCAUCGCAGAAGUGGUGCAAACAGAUAUUUUUGUGGAACCAGUGGCGAGUUCUCUUCCCCCCACUGGUUACAUUCCCAGAGUGAAUAUUAACCCACCGGAAACUAUUGUGAAAAGUGUAGAAGUUGAGGUUGUUCCUGCUCAAAUCCAACAGGAACCGGAAUUUAUUCCACAGCCAGGAUUUGUGGCGAGAAUUGUGGAGAACAUUGAAGUUGCUGCAGCUUCUUCUCAGGCUCCAGCUCCAAAAAGUUACUAUCCUCGAUCAGGUUUGGUGGAAACGAUCACUGAGAAUAUUGAAGUUGUAAAUGAAGCUCCUCCUUCUGGAGAUGUGGUUGUGGAAACAGUAGAAAAUAUAGAAGCUGAAUCCCCUUUUCUCCUUCCUGCAAAUGGUUUUGAUUCUGAGGAGACAAUUGUGGCGAAGGUUGAUGUCACGACAGAUGAUUCUCCAUUUCUGCUACCAACAAAUGGUUUCGAUUCAGGUCCAGUUUCUGUGGAAUCAGUUGUUGAGAACAUUGAAGUCAUACCACCUCAACCUGUAUUACAAGUUCCUGUACAAAGCAGUGUUCCUAGUGGGUUUGUGGAAUCUGUUGUGGAAAAUAUAGAAGUCAUUAAAGAAGAGAAUCCUCCCUUUCUUCUUCCCGUUCAAAAUGAUUUUCCUCCCCAAACAGGCAAUGUGGAAACGAUUGUAGAAAACAUAGAAAUAACUACAGAAGUAUAUCCUACAUUAAGACCCCAAGUACAAAAUCAAAAUCUUCCUCGAUCUGGAUUUGUAGAAUCUAUUGUGGAAAGUAUACAAGUCACUAAAGAAGUGGAACCUAUACAACCUGCAGUUCCGAUUAGUAUAACUCCCCAAACAGGAUUGGUUGAAUCGAUUGUGGAAAAUAUUGAAGUCACAGAAGAAGUAGAUUCCCCAGUAGAGACACCUCUUCAAAUAGAUUUCCCACCUCAAUCUGGUUUUGUGGAGUCAGUAGUGGAAAAUAUAGAAGUCACGGAAGAAGUUGAACCUCCACCAAGGCCACCACUUCCUAUUUCCUUUCCACCUCGAUCAGGUUUUGUAGAAUCAUUUGUGGAGGAUAUAGAAGUUACAGAGGUCAAUCCUUCCUAUCAACAAGUUUAUCAGGAAACUGACAUUAUUCCUCAGACUGGCUUUGUUGAAAGUGUUGUUGAGGAUAUUGAAGUCACAGAACCAGAACAAUCCAUUUUAAGAAAUGGUUAUGCACCACAGGGUGGAGUUGUGGAAACAAUUGUAGAGGAAAUAGAAGUCGUGCCAAAUCCUCCACUUCAAUCAAUAGUGACAACUGAUUACAUGCCACGUGCAAGUUUGGUGCAAGAACUGGUGGUAGAAUCCCUGGAAGUGACACCAUCAUCAUCGCCGCCACCGGAAAGGUUUCCCUUUAUUUCCCGGGAAAGUCUAAUUGAACCUGAUGACUAUGUGGUGGUUGAGGAACUCACUCCUUACAGCACCGCUCAACAAAGUCCAGCGGUGGAGGUGGAAAGUUUAAGUGAAGCCGAGGCUUAUGUGGAGAUUAUCGAAGUAACACCAGUUAAUUCGCCACCCGGCAGUCCAACUAGUCAACGGCCAAUUGAAGGGGGUUUCCUGCCCAGGCCGAGUUUAGCGGAAACGGCUGUGAUUGUGGAAUCCCUGGAGGUGACCCCCACCCCCUCACCGCCUCCCAGUCCACCACUGAAACUGAAAAUACCUCCGUUGAAUCAAGGGAAAUCCGAAGUGAUUGUUGAGUCUGUGGAUGUUACGCCAGUUGCCUUGCCACCCGCCAAACCCAAUCAAAAGCCACUCAACAACUUCAUCCUAACAGAUCUGGUGAUAGAUGAUCCUCCCUACAUAGAAGUGGUGCAAAGGGAGGUAAUUGUAGAGUCUGCCAACAAUGGAAAUGUUACCGAGGUGAUAGAAGUUACCGAAGAAGUAAUUCAACCGGCCACACCCAUUGGAACCGUUUUAGUGGGUGAGGUUUCCGCGAUACAAAACGACAAGUCCGGCAAGAGGUAUUCCGUGAGUGCAGCUUUGGCUGAGGGACUGCAGCAGGAGCAGGGAAUCCAGGAAUCAAAUCAGCCACCGCCGAUGCAAAAACGAGAUUUACCCACCGAACCACCGAAACGAAAGUGUUGCCCUUGCAAGUGCACCAUAUCCUAGUUCAGAAGUCAGGGGCUUUCCCCGAGCCUGGGAACUUAAGCUCCGCCUAUCGCAUAUCUAAUCAGCGGAAACAGAAGCCCCCGAAAAAAUCACAGUAAUCGAUAGUUAAUUACCGGCGGACACUC